AUGCCUCUCCUCAACGUGAGGGAGCUCCUCCCGUUCCCCAACGGCGAUAAUACAUCUCAUACCAUAAUCAACGGCGUCGAUUUCAACUUGACUGCCCUCAAAUUCUUCAAUUAUACCAUCUACUCCAACAACACAAUAUCCAAUAGAUCGAAAUGCUAUCUCAUCUUCGACCAAUUCAAACCGCACAUGUUCAGCAAUGGUAGCUGGGUCAACGGUUCGACUUGCUACAUCCCAUACUAUGGAAUCAAAACUCGAGGCUACGCAAGCAUUGCGUUCGGCACCGCAUUCGGAAUGAGCAUUAUGUUCACGUUGAUCAAUCUACGAAAACACGGAAAGCGCUUCGUGCGAGAGGACAAAAGGUUCAGGAUCGUUGGUCGUAGAUGGCAAUGGUACUGGAUGCUGUUCGCUGCAGCAUGUGGUAUGAUCAGCUGCUUGACAGGUAUCGAUGUGGAUCGCAAUUAUUUGCAGGAUCUUUCCAUCAUUCUGCAAAGCUUCUUCUUCACACUCAUGGUCCCGGGAACACUUGCAAUGGUCUGGGAAAGUGUCAGGCAUUGGGGCUCGUGGCAGGAAAGACAACUAGUAGAUGUGGAUCCCUAUUCUUACCCGGAUGACGAUACAAGGACCAGGACCGAGUUCUGGCUCCCGCUGAUGUUCUACCUUAUUGCUUGGCUCAAUUUCUUCAUGACUAUUCCUCGAUCGUGGAACGCGUUCAGACAGCAGAACACGCCAGAGCAACAACGUGACAUAGCAGCACCAGCCGCUACAAACAAUCGAACAAAGGCGGGCGCUAUCAUUGCCGCUGUAGCUUGGUUCAUCAUUGUCUAUUCACUCUGGCAUUCGCUGAAACAUUACAAGCGACGGAAUACAGGAUUCUUCGGCAAGAUCAACGGAUUUUGUCGGGACUGCCCGACCAAGCUCUUCGUCGUCAUUAUUCUGCUUGCCGUUCGUGUGGCGUAUGGCCUUGCCAGUGCAUGGAUAUUUGAGCUUACGAUCAUGAAAGACGAUGUCAUGAUUGGUUGGCCGUUCGGAUUGGGCUAUGGACCCAUUCUAGCCAUCAUCAUCGUCUUCGAGGUCUUCGGCUAUAUUGAAGAGAAUGAAGACAAGGUGAUCAUGGAGCAGAGACGAUUACGAGGCAUCGAACACGAUCGUGAGCUCAAUCUGACGAAGAAACCUGGUUGGUGGAACAAGAACUUUACGAAUCGAUUCAAGUCGGACGAUGAGCGUCUGCGUGACAUGGCAGCGAUUGACAAUAGUGGAGCUACUACAACAACGACCCGUCGUCAACCUCAGAACAUUGAGAUGGGAGACAUGACUCUUCGCAAUCGGUCCAGGAGCAGACCUCCAGAGGAUCCAUUCCGGGAUCAAAGUUCGUCAGAAAACUCUCGACAGUCUUCCGUGGCUGUCGGUGCGAGAUUAGAUCCCAGUCGCACCGAAAGCGAUGCAGCUAGUGCAAAGUCUGGCCUAACGGGACGCACCUUGACGGCUGAGCAGAUGGCUAAUGCCCGGCCACAAAACGUGAGGAGCAUGCUGGAUGUUUGA